CCGGCUGGAAACUGUCCGACCUGACAGCGGACUUUAGUCACCGCCCACCGGCUGCUCUCGUCCACCUUACAGGUGGCGCAGUUCAUCUCAAACGAGCCUGGCUGUGUCCGGAUAAACCUGUCUGAACCUGAAUGGACUUUGUGCUGCUCACCUUUGCUCUCAAUGUUUUACCUCUGACUCAUCUCCAGGUAGCUACAAAACUAUCGACCUAUUGCUGGUUAGCAACACAGUUUGAUGCAGAGCAAAUAGUGUUUUCUGACGGAGUUUGUUCGGAGGAAAAGUUUCUGUCGUUGUGUGAAAAUGACUAAAGUCCAAAUGCUGAGAUCGUUGGUGGAGCAGCGACUAACUGCGGCUGCUGAAGAGAUAUUUGGGCUGUUUGAAAGGACGAUAGCAGAGUACGAGGAGGAACUUUGUCGUUCAAAAGAGAAGAACGAGCGACAACAGAAACUACUGGACGCUGUUUUCAACCCUCAGCUUCGGUUACACAGAGCAGAUGUCCAGCAGCUGUCGGUGGUGAAAGCAGAGGUUCCCCCUGAGCAGCAGGAGUGGAGCCCCAGUCUGGACCAGGAGGACCCAAAGCCCCCCCCACACAUUAAAGAGGAACAGGAGGAACUCUGGACCAGUCAGGAGGGAGAGCAGCUUCAAGGGCUGGAGGAGGCUGAUAUCAAGUUCCCGUUCACUUCUGUCCCUGUGAAGAGUGAAGAAGAUGAUGAAGAGAAACCUCAGUCCUCACAGCUUCAUGAAAGCAAAACUGAGGAGAACAGAGAGGCAGAGAGAACAGGAGCUGAUGGAGAGGACUGUGGAGGACCAGAACCAGCCAGGAACUCAGAUCCAGAUAGUCCUUUACAACCAGCUACUCAUGACAAGACUUCAGACUCCUCUGAAUCUCAGACUGAUGAUAGUGGUGACUGGGAGGAGACUAGGGAACCUCAGUCAGGUUUAAACUCUCUGCAAAACAAUGAAGAACCUGUAAGUGGUGUGGAAUGUAAUACUGGAAACACAUCAGUUAGCUCCUCUGAAUGUGCUGGACGCGUUGGCCACAAGAAACCUCUGCAGAAACACUCUGGAGUCCAAACAGCAGGGAAAGGAGGGAAAACACAUUGUUGCUCACAUUGUGGUAAAGGAUUUGCACACCCUUGUACUCUGAGACAACACUUAACUGUCCACACUGGGGAGAAAUCAUUUAGUUGCUCAGUUUGUGAUAGAAAAUUUGCACUAAAGCAACAUCUGACACGACACCUGGCUUCCCACACUGGGGAGAAAUCAUUUAGUUGUUCAGUAUGUGAUAAAAGAUUUGCACAAAAGCAUUAUCUUAAUCGACACUUGGCUUCCCACACCGGGGAGAAAUCAUUCAGUUGCUCAGUUUGUGAUAAAAGAUUUGCACAAAGUAAAAAUCUGAAACGACACUUGGCUGUCCACACAAGGAAGAAACCAAUAAGUUGUUCAGUUUGUGGUAAAGGAUUCUCUCUUAAGAAGGCCUUAACAAACCACAUGAAACUUCAUUCAGAAGGGAAAAUGUUUAACUGCUCAGUUUGUAAAACAGGUUUCAGUAGCAAAAGCAAUUUGACGAGACACAUGAGAAUCCACACGGGGGAGAAACCAUUUAGUUGUUCAGUUUGCGAUAGAAGAUUCUCUCAGCUCAGUCAUGUCCAAAGUCACAAGUGUGUUGGUGAGAGCAGCAGAAAGAAAUGAAGCUGCAGAGAUGCUCGCUGAGACAACUUCUUCUCCGGCAGGAUUGUGAAGUUCGGAAAGCAAGACUUUGUUCAACACUGAUCAGCUAAAAACUGGUCAGAUUUAAGGCAGAAACAGACUCUAAACAAAGCUUUUUCAGCUCUAAUGAAGGUACAAACCAUUAUCUGGGUCCUCUGCAAUUUGGAUUUAGGCACAAUCAUUCAAUAGAAUCCGUUACUUGUUUAUUAACCGAAAAUAUCAAACAAUCACUUGAUAAGGGAAAUGUAGUUGGUGCAGUAUUUUUAGAUCUAAAAAAGGCAUUUGAUACAGUAAAUCGUAACUUAAUUUCAAAAUUAGCCAAGUUCAUUUUAUCCAAACAGUCAUUGUCCUGAUUUGAAUCAUAUUUAAAAGGCAGUGAACAGUGUUAUAAUUAAUAAUGUGAGAUCCACCUUUCUCCAAAUUGAAACUGGGAUCCCUCAGGGCACUGUUUUGGGACCCAUACUCUUCAGCCUUUACAUUAAUGAUUUGUCAGAUGUAUGUCCAGAUAUAGGUCUAUGGAUGUAUGCAGAUGACACAGUGGUGUUUGCAUCUGGUAAUACCUGUACUUCUGUGGCUGACAAACUAAAUGUCAACUUAGAUAAAAUAUCAUCUUGGCUGGCUUAAUCUUGUUUAACUUUAAACACUAAAAAAAAAAAACUGUCUGCUUUUCCAUUAAAAAAAAAACUACCUCUAACACCGCUCUUGAAUGUACAAAUUAAUGGAGAGCUUAUUGAACAAGUACCUGAAGUGAAGUAUCUAGGAAUAAUUAUAGACUAUCAGUUGAAUUUCAAAAGUCCUAUCAAGAAAAUCUGUAAAACCGUUAAGGCCAACUUAGGCUGCUUUAGGAUGAUAAGAAACGGCCUGACUCUUGACCGUGCUUUUAUUUUUUUUAAUUCUAUGAUUCUCUCACACAUAUCGAAUGGCUUGACCACAUGGUCCAAAGCUCAACAGACCAUAGUUGAGAUCAUCAGUUAAGACCAUACAGUGUCUUUAUAACCGAGCCUUGAAAGUCCUGGACAAGAAGAGAAUAAGGUAUCAUCACUGCCAAAUUCUAAGCAAACAUAAGAUUUGAAGUUUAGCUAAUUUUAUCUCCCUGCAUGUUGUUAAAUUGGUCUUCAAAUGCCUAAAUAACGCUGCUCCCCUUCCACUUUGCAGAACAAUAAUAAAACAGCAAAGUGGUACCAGAACCAACACCCGAGCAGCAUUAAAAGGCAAUUGUAGCAUCCCUUUCCAUAGAACAUAAUUUGCCCAAACAGCAUUAUCAGUAAAAGGGGCAAAAUUAUGGAACUCUCUGCCAGACCACUUGAAAUGUAUCCCAACAUUUCAUGGUACUUUUUAAAAAAUAAUACCAAAUUGUGGCUAAAUCAGGAACAAUCUCGCGCUCAUAUUUAGUUUUUACACUGUGCUCUCAUUGUAUACUUUCCUUCCUUUUUCAUUUAAUUUCUUUUUAUUUCAUCUUUAUUGUAUUUUUAAUAAUAGUGUUAAUUUUUAUUUGUAACCAAAAGCCCUACUAGGGACAAGUGUCGAGAAUUAGCUUCGGCUAAAAACACUGAUACAUACAUCAGAUGACUGAUUACCUAUGUUUUUUUGU